CCAGAUUUCAAACAAGAAAAUCCUAGAGAAGUAUUAUCGACGUUAACUAGAAAAGCAUUCAAAGCUCGAACUUUUAUGAAUUAUGAUGAAAAUGAUACCGAAAGCGCCGAGUUAUUCAGACAAUAUCAAUGUACUGCAUACAAAACACUCUGUAUUCUAAUAUGCAGUACAAAAUCUGAUCUAAAAUUUUAUACUGGUUUACUUUUUCGAGAAAAUCCUUUAAAAAAGGAAAUAAUCUGGCGAAAUAUAAUAGAUUGCAAAAGGAUUUAUGAAUUUCCUCAAGAAUUUGAAAAUUACCCUAAAACCAAAAAGCAUUUGGUAGAAAUUCGUAAAGCAGCGUCAGCAGACUCAGAAGAACUCAAUUAUCUUACACAACAGAGUAUUUUCUCUUCCAGUUUGAGUCAGGACAUCACAGAAUUUGAUAUGACCCACAACGUUGUACGUCGACAUCCGGUGGACCACAAAACAAAAGUUGAAAAUUUUGGUACACAAAUUUAUCUUACAGAGGAUUUCUUGAAUGACCAUGAGUGCAUGAGCAUAAUCUGUGGUGUAAUAGGCCACAUGGUCACUAAGGGUAUUUCUCCGCUAGCACAAAAUCAAUCUCAUGGCAUUAAUACUAAACAAGGUUCCAGUGUACCAGUAAUGCCCUCCUGGAUGGAGGCUCUAGUGCAGGUUUUGGCUAAUGCAGAGACUCCUGUAAACAUACGUUUAUUUAUUAUGCGAAUAAUUGAUAAUUGUCAGAUAGUAUUUCGACCAUACGCACAUCAUAUUUUAACUCCAAUAUUAGAACUACUUGUUGACGAAUGUGCUGGAUCUACUAUUAAUCAUUUUGUAGCCGACACGGUGGCAUUGAUGCUUUCUUGGCAUGACGUCGCUAUUCCGUCAUCUACUAGUAUCCAACGAAAUAUUGCGAGCCAAUUUAUGUAUUUUUUAAUGAAAAAUGCAUACCAUGAACGACGUGCAAUAUAUAAGCUCAACAUGGAAAUAAUUAAAAGUGUUGUGGAAAUUUGGAAGACUUGUCUAGAUUUUCCACUUCAAUACUUGUACCUUGCUCUUGAAAAUCCCGUGAAGGACAGUAAAACUAAUAUGGGAAUUGAAUUAGCCGGCAUUCUUUUGGCAAAUAAAAUAAUUCCUUGGCCUGAUUCUAAGAAGGACGAUUAUUAUAAAGCAUUAUGCAUGCAAUUUAAUAGCAUGGAAUCCAUUACAUAUAAACCCUGCAGUGAAGUUAUCGGAAUGGUUCUAAACUUAAGUUCUUUAGGGUCAGCUGAAAAUAUUCUUCUGAGUUCAGUAAACAGAAGACUAGAUUAUUUGAGAAGAAAUAAUACAGAUAUAUUUAUUAUUUGUCUUUAUGGCAUUGCAAAACACUAUCCAGAUAUUGCAUAUCCUUAUAUUACUUAUGUCAUUUUCAAUAUUUCAAGAGCAAUCGAUUUGCAGAAAACAAUGUUAUUGCAAAUUCUUUUGUCAGUAUUGGAACUAAAGGGUGAAGAGUUUUACUCCGAUAUUAAAACUUUGGAUUUUGAUUUACUUUUAAAAGAUAAAGAUACAGUUAUUUUAGCUUUAAAAAUUAUUCACAAACUAUUACCAUUUUUGCAAAAUGAUUUGAACCGGCCUUCAACUUUAAUACAAAAUGCUAAACGCUUGAUAAGUUCAGAAGAUACUAAUUGUAGAAGCGUUGUUUACGACAUAGCUAUGACUAGUUACAAAAUAAUACAAUUUAAAUCAGAUUAUGAUAUAUUGCAAAAUGUCCAGUAUAUAUUACUUUUGGGUCUUUUGGACUCAGAUGCUCAAUUGAAUGAUAAGAUGCAAACAUUCUGGCAAAGUGAAAAUGCUUUGCCUAAAACAUAUGAUGCCAUUUUCAAGUAUCUUAUGAGUAAUUUAUAUGAUGAACAUUUAGAAAAGAAUUUUAUUCAGUAUGGUGUUACAAUACUGCUGCAAAUAGCAUUACAAGUUAGUGAUAUCCAGAGAAAUAUUUUUGAACAUCCUUUAUCUGAAUGUACCUUCAAAAGCUACAGUGUUGAGGAUAACUGGCACAUAAAGAAUUCUGCAACUGUGCCAUUGUUUGCAGAAUCUUUUAUUCCCAAAAUGAAGAGUAGAAGUACAGCCACUAGGAGUACUCAAGUUUACAUUGGAUCUCAAACUAUAGCAGCUUACUUUAAAUCGAAUAUAGCAAAAAUUCCUAUGAUACAAGCAACUCAGCAAGAACAAUUACAAUUUGCACCGACUUUUGAUUUGCAAAAUACACAGCCUCUUGAUGUGAGCCAUGACACAUUAAACUAUCUAAUGUUUGAUGCGGAUAACGAAGAAAUAAAAGUAGAAGACCUUGGAAGUCAGCAAUUAAAAGACUCAUUUUUAAAACUUCGAAGGCGAUUGCUUAAAGAUAAAGAUAAAGCAUCACAACAAUUUGCAGCAAGGGCUAUUGCUAAAAAGAAAAAAGACAGACGUAUUUUGACAAUUAGAUCAAAGAUGAAAACUUCAAAAGUAACCAUGUAUCGGCAAUAUCGUAUUGGCGAUUUUCCCGACAUUCAAAUAACAAAUGCAGCCAUUUUGCUUCCAUUAAAAGAACUUGCAAAGCGCGAUUCCAGCAUUGGUCAAAUUGUAUUACAUUCUAUCUACAUAGGCAUAAUUGCGGAAUUAGAUUCUGAAUCACAAAAACAUUUUAUCAAGGAAAUUAAUCAAAGUAUAGAAAAUAUUUUCAGAAAAAGUCAGUUAUGUAAUUCUAAUAUUAUGCGCACUAUAUUCGAAAUGGCACUUGAAUACCCAAAACUAAUGAAUAUUGGACCAGACGUUAUUUCUUUAGUAUCUCAUACAAGCCAACUGUUGUCAUUGGGUGCCUUAUUAUUAGAAAACAGACUUAAUGGUGAAUUUUUAGAUAAUGAAUGUGCAAACAAACGAUCUACAAUAGAGGACAAUGAUGAAUAUAACCAUUGGUUAAAACUAGCUGGAAUUUAUCAAUCAAUGGCGGACUAUGACACUACUCAAGGUAUAUUUAUGAAGGCAUUAGAGUGCAAUGAAGAUUUUGCCCGAGGUUUAGAAUUAGAAUAUAGUGGUGAUUAUUACAUGGCUAUGAAAUGCUAUGAAAGAGUUGUAUCGGGGACAUCAAGCGCAAUAAAUGAAACUGAAAGGCAAUUUCAUAAAGAAUGUUAUUUCAAUUCUUUUGCUAAACUUGGGCAUUGGGAUGAUCUGAAUAUUGGUAUAAAACGGCAAGUGGAUUCUUUGGAUGAGAUGUGGACUGAACAAUGGGCACAGGAAAAACUAUUUCCAUUACUCAUAACAUCUGAAAUUCAUAAAGCUAUUAAUAGUUCAGAAAAUUCAGAGUUCAGUUUUUUUUUGAGUAGUUGGUUGAGUGAUUCAGAGAAAGCAGCUUAUUUAAAAACAAAUUUUAGUGAAGAGUUGUCUAUUUUUAAUAUUAUUAAUGGUGAUAUAUUCGGAGGAGGGUACUAUUUGGAACAAAAAUUAAUUAUGUUCUUAAAAGAUUGGUCAAAUUUAAAUUUUUAUCGAAUGAACUGCGAUUAA